AAGGUAAUAAAAAAAUUCCAAAAAAUGUUUAACGUCGAAAUGAUUCUAAACGGUUUUUUUUUAAAUAUCGUGUGUUGUGUCAUAGUUGGCAUUGGGCCCUUUUCAAGGUAAAUUCUGACAUUUUGAACCUGAGAGUGUAAUAGUGCAAUAUUUUGGUUUUGAUUGUUGUCGCCAUUGCUAAUAUAUGGGAUGAAUAAAGGACCAACGAUAGGAUGAAUGAAUACAAAACCUUUGAGAUUAAAUUAGGAACACAGCAGUGAACAUAUCAGAAGUGCCUUAAUACCUUAAAACACUACACUUUUCUCCAAAUUUAGAUUUUAUUCAUCAAUUUGAAGAAUUGUUGAGCAAAAUAGGCAAAAUUGUCUUUCAAAAAAAUAUUCGGCUAUCUCCGCCUAGCAAUUUAAUUUGAACCACUAAGCAGACGCAAAGUUUGCAUUAUUAUGCAACACUAUACUAAUACUACUGCCUAGGUGCAAUAUCAUUUGUGUUUGUGUGUUUGUGCGUUGUGUGAUAAUCUGGCAGUCUGCCAAGUAUCGUAGUAGUAUCGACGAACGAAAGGGAAAGCAACAAGCUGUAUACGCGCCUCCUUCCUGGAUGAAUACACGGUAAAACGGCGAAAGUGAAGUCCCAUCGCGCCCACCCAAACGUCUGUCCCGGUGGUGGCGGCACCAAGCAGUUUACCUACCUUGGUUGGUUCGAAACGAAAAGGAUACAAUGUCACGAAUCUAGCCAAUGAAAAAAAAGAACACAAUCAUGGAUUACCAGCGGUUUGAAAGCAUCCUAGCAGCAAGCCCACUUCCACGGCCGUCCUCUUCCGCUGGUCGGGUUCAUCCAGUGGACCCCGACCGAACGCCACAGGAUAGUGACGAUAAUGAGUAUGACCAACCGCAUCAGCCACCGCCGUUCCGCCGCAGCCACUCGAUGCGAUCAUCCUUCACCUCACUGCGAAGUCUGAAAACACGCCUCAAGCACCCAACGGCAGCUGCAAAAUACGGACCACUAUCGUCACCGGGGCGUGAAUGUUCCCACCAGCACCAGCCACAACACCAGCAGCAGCACCAGCACCAGCACACAUUCACAACGGCUGCGGCAGCAGCAGCUAAAGCCAACCUGAAAACCAAACUGCUAAAACUACGGGAAACUUAUGCCGAGUUCAAACGGUUGCAAUCAUCAUCAUCAUCAUCCUCCAGUGACAGUGCCAAAGCGCACACCAAGUUCGAUACGGAGUGCUGGGUUAACUUUAAAAUACCGGACUCCAUUCCACCGAAGGCGGCAGCACUUCUGUUGGAAGGACCGGCCCGGCGAAAAGUCCAACGGUCCCAAUCUUUACGGCCGUCGGAGCGAACCAAUCUCGAGCCCAAAUAUGCGACCACGAUAGGAGGACGAACCACAGAAGCCACGGCAACAACUUGCCAAAGCGGGAAACUGACAGUACGAAAAGUCAGCCUACAAUCGGAAGCGAUGCCUACGAUCCCGAAGCCUUCCGACGGUACCCAACAUAAUCUAACCAUCGCAAGGACGGCAACCAUCAGGAAAAGCUCGGUGUGGGCCAACAGCAGCAGUAGCAAUAAGGAACUGUUUGUAUUUGAUUUUUUUUUAUGGGACCUUUCUACGAAAGAAAGAAAACCCGUUUCCCGCUGUAGCUAGCGGAGAAAGGAAACAUCCGAGCCGCCGUUCCUUUUUUUGUUUUUUGCUGUCCUUCUACUUCCACUUAUGAGAGAUUGCCGGGGCCAAACCAAACAAACAUAAUAAAUUAUUCAUCAUCCGUAGUGCGAGCCGAUAAUUCCCACUCGAAACAUUCAUCAGAGCCACUUCACCGGUCACCAAGUGGAAAUCGUCAAGUCAAUGGCUUAGCAUCGUCCGAUUGAGAACAUAAUAAAUCUCAAUUCCCAAUCAUCCGUCAAACGGCCAUCGACACCGGCGGCGCACUGUGGGCCCAAAACUGUUUUGACAUUUUGUCUUUUAAAGGGCUUGGGUUUUUUCCAAGACUAAAAUUGAAUUCCUAAUUUUACUUUUAACGUCUCUCGGAUAUUUUGAUCCCCAGACAGAAAUACUGCACAAGUCACGGAAUGCACCCCGGAUCACUUAAUCACUUUGAUGUAGUCAUUUUUCCACUCAAAGCCCACAGUCAGUCGCUGCGUUAUUUUUUGGUUGGCUGUCCUGUGGUAGGGUUACCAACUUUUCUAGUUGCUGUAUUCUUGUCAGGAUAUCGUAACGAAUAAAGGCUUGUUUGCAACGAAGCCUGGACAGAUAAAAUUUGGAAUAAAACAAAAACAUUAGUCAUCAUAAAACUAAUUACAGGCUAUUAAAUUAAGCUGCAUGAAGAAACUAUGACCUUUUUUACCAGCUGUUAAUGUAUAUGCAGCUUUCUCUGUAACCGAUUAAGCUGCUUUUGUCCAAGACUCGCGACAUUUUUCUACAGUUGUAGUUAGGUUAGGUGGUAUCGCCUUUUACGGUACAGCUUGGACUCCAUUCGCUUUAUAUCGUUAUCGAACAUCUUUGACGUAGUGACAAGAUGCCAAAUCAGGCCAGAAUAGCGAGGGUGCGUUAUGGAUGCAUUGGAAUUGUAACAAUCGUUCAUUUAGGCAUUCUUCAAGGUAUAUUUCCUUGUUUAUCGUUUCGUUAGAGAUGAAGCUUUGGCUUGCUCGACCACAGCUGCAUAUUACUUGCAAAACUAAAUAUUUUUGGGAAACUUCGCCUCUUCGUCCUAAACUUCUUUCCGUUGCAUGGCAGUAUGGAAGCGGGAAGCUGCCCAAUGUCUUAGAGAACGUAAGUUUCACCGUCCAUUAUUACGUAGGAAAACUUCGUCAAAUAUUUGCGAUACAACUUGUGGGCCCGGUUGUCAGUUUGUCAUUACGGUUCGGUACAGUUGCAACUUUGUCCGACUUUAUACCUUGCCGGUACAAAGUUAGAGAAAAAGUUGCUUGAAAAAAAUGCACAAAAAACUACUUGAAAAACUGCUCAAAAUAACUUUAAAAAUAUCAACAAACUGCUCGCAAAGCUUCUCGAAAUAACUGCUCAAAGAACUUGCUCGAAAAAACUACUCGAAAAAAGUGCGAAAAAACUGUUCGAAAAUUACUCAAAUAGUUUGAUCGAGAAAAAUGCUAAAAAACUGUUCUAAAAUACUGAUAAAAAACUAAUUGAAAAUAUUACUCGAAUAAACUGCUAAAAAAAAUGCUCCAGAAACUGCUUGAAGAAACUGCUCAAAAACAUGCUCACAAAAACUGCACGUUGAUUUUUCUGGAAAAAAAAUUUCUGGAAAAAAAUUGGAACUUCACAAAAACUGCACGGAAAACCUGCUUGACAAAUCUGUUCAAACUUUCUCAAAAAAACUGCUUGAAAAAUUCUCGUGCAAACUUAUGGCGUUUUUCAUUGAAAAACACUGGUGGCGUGGAUUGCUCUGGCUUUGCACUUUCGAGCAGAAAUCGCAAUGAA